AGGGCCGGGCACUAUGAGAAAAGUUUGGAGGCUAAAAUUGAAAGGGGAAAGGGAGGGGAAAGGAGAAAAGUAAUGAUAUAAAGUAACCAUGGUUGGGGCCAUAGGGUCCGGAAAAGGCGGAAGGGUUAACCAUGGUUGGGGGCAUAUGGGUGGUAAUGAUUCAUAAUUAGUGUGCUAUAUAUAAAGGAGGAAGAGCAGAGGAGUAACCAUUGCAGCUCAUUAAUCGACUUCUGCUGUCAAUUCCACAUCUUGGGAUCCCAUGAAUUUCUCUGCUGCUGCUGCUUCUUCUCCUUCCUGAUCACUCCAACGCCCCCAUCAUCUUCUCAAGCUCAACCCUAUCAGACCCUCCUUCUCCGCAAAUCUAAAUCCCAAAACUCCAAUUUGGAGCAGCAUGGGACUAUCGAGUCUCCCAGCCCCAUCUGAAGGAGUACUGUGUGUGCUUCUGGUGAACACAGCUCUCUCCAUCUCCAUCUUCAAGGGCAUAGUCCGGGCCAUCCUCCAUGUCAUUGGAAUUCACCUCUCCGCAACCCCAUCCUCCUCCGACUCCCCUGAACCCACCUCAGAGCCCUUUGAGUUUAGGCGGAACCCAUCUGAGACCUGCAUGGAGGAAUUCAGGAGCAGGAACCCAGCAAUCAGGUUUGACACAGUGUGCUCCUGCAAGCGCCCUGAACAUGACUGUGCGGUUUGCUUGACUCGAUUUGAACCAGACUCUGAGAUAAAUCACCUGCCUUGUGGCCAUUUUUUUCACAAGGUUUGCUUGGAGAAGUGGCUGGACUAUUGGAACAUCACCUGCCCUCUGUGCAGGACUCCCUUAAUGCCGGAAGAGGAAACAUCUUGCUUUUGGUAAGCAAUAUCUGGGAGAAUGACAAGUUGAGGAAAUAUUCAAAUAUCACUGUACAGCUUAUGUAUAGGUGUUUUACAUGAAUAUCAUCAGCUAGGUGUAUCUUUUAUUCAUAUGUUAGUUAUAUGCUCCAGUUUUAUGCCUUUAUGUGAAGAAUCUAUAUGAUAUCAGGGUCACAUAUCCAUGUCUAUAUAUGUAUAUAUAUAUAUUGUACAUGUUGUGAGGUUUCUGA